CAGCAGCAGCAACUCAGCGUAUUGGCGACGUACGGCGUAGUAGUUGUUUAUUGAUGGUGUUUGAUGUUAGUUAAUUUGGAUGAUAAUAGGUUUUUGUCCUUAAACUGAUUUUCAAAACUAAGUUUUCAUGUGUGAUUGUUUAACAUUAAAUAUACAGAUGGUGCAGUAUUUUAAUCCGUGCCGAAUUUUGUCUGUCUUCUAUUUUUAGUAUGGAUUAGCAAAAUUUUUCAUGCAAAACAAAGGCAAAAUGCCGAAACCUAAUAAGAAUGAAAAAUCUCGAGAAUUGGAUGACGAUUAUGAAGUUGUGUCAUUUGAAGAGUUUUGUGAUAAACCAUCCAACGCAAAAACCGAUUUGUUGUCUUUAAAUGAUAAUAUUAACUAUCGAAUAUAUUAUGAGAGCCUCAAAUUGCCAAAAGAUGGAAGCAGUUCAAACAUCGAAGAAGCAUUCGAUAGAGAGAUAGAAGGACAAAAAGAAACUUCGCUUAAUGGGCCAAAAGGAGGUGUUUACACCAAGUUACCUUUUGCGCCGUUUGGUAAAGGCAGCACAAAAUCGCGCGCGCCUCUGUUCAGUGGUAUUAUUCCGAAACCUCGAAGCGAUGGAGAUGCCUCGGGGGAACCAAGGUACCAGCGUUUCUCACAGCGGCGUACUACAUUGCAACGCGCCUGGGAACAGCUCAAGAACAUCUGCCCCGGGAUGUUGGGUGUUGGACUAAUGUGCGUGCUCUGUGUCGCCGUGUGGCUGGUGGUGGGAGGGACUUUAGGUGGUGCCUGGACCGAGGAUAAGUACAGAAAAUUAUGGCAGCGAGUCCACCCUGAAAACACAGAGAGACCUAUGACAUACUAUGAAAUGGUUGUACCAGAAGUUCAUUACCAUGAUCAUAACAACUUAAGCACAAAGAACAAGUUCAAUGGUUCCGAAGGUUCUAGAAAGACUCCAUUAGACGACGAGAAAUACCAACGCUUGAUGCAGCCCAAGCCAAUACAAGUACCCACUGAGACACCGGAGACUGCCAAGUACUUGAAGAGAACCCCAGAGAUGCUCCGGAAUAUGUGCUCGAAUGUGACAGAUAAUAUGCGCUUCGAUUGUUACCCUCAGACGGGUGCGAAUGAAGAAGCUUGUUUGAAAAGAGGUUGUUGUUGGAAAUCAACAAGCAUACAAGGCGCACCAUACUGCUUCUAUCCACCUAACUACGACACAUAUAAGUUCUAUAAUAUGACUGAGAAUAAACGCGGCGUAACCGCGUACUACGCGCUGAACCGCCCCUCAGGUUACCCGGGCGACUUCCGUAUGGUCCGCGUUGAUAUUAUGUUUGUAACUGGCGAUAUCAUCAAUGCUAAGAUAUCUGAUGCAGAAAAUCCAAGGUUUGAAGCACAGUACCCGGAGAUCCCAAUGGUGUAUGGUUCCAUCAAGACAAUGAAAUACAAAAUGGUGCUAGAGAGUUCAAGUAUUGGAUUCAAAGUUGUCCGUCUCUCUGAUAAUGUCACUGUAUUUAAUACACAAAAUAUAGGUGGAUUGAUAUUAUCAGAUAAGUUUCUGCAGAUAUCAUCACUACUGCCCACCAAUCAGAUAUACGGUCUCGGUGAGAGACGGGCCAGGUUCAGAACUGUAUUGAACGAGUGGAAAACUUUCACUAUGUUUAACUCUGAUCAAGCUCCAGUUGAAAAUACAAACUUGUACGGUACACAGCCUUUUUAUUUAGCUCUGGAACCGGACGGCAAGGCGCAUGGCACUCUCUUGUUAAAUUCACAUGCUAUAGAUGUGGUGCUGCAGCCAACACCUGCUAUAACGUACCGUACUAUCGGUGGUUUGUUCAAUUUCUACAUGUUCCUGGGCCCCUCGCCCGGUGAUGUUGUGUCACAACUUACAGAGAUCAUCGGCAAACCAUUCAUGCCUCCGUACUGGGCACUGGGAUUCCAUCUUUGCAAGUAUAACUACGGCAGUCUACAAGUUACCAGAGAUGUAUGGAAGAGUAAUAGAGAUGCGGGAAUCCCAUUGGACGUUCAGUGGAACGAUUUGGAUUAUAUGAAAAAUGGAAAUGAUUUUACAUACGACGAUGUCAAAUUCAAAGGUCUACCGGAGUUCGUCAAAGAGUUGCAUGACGCUGGGAUGCAUUAUAUGGUGUUGUUUGAUCCCGGAGUGAGCGCUGCAGAGAAAGCUGGGACUUACCCGCCUUUUGACAAGGGCCUUGAAAUGAAUGUGUUCAUUAAGAAUUCUACGGGACAACCUUUUGUUGGAAAGGUGUGGAAUAAAGUGUCAACAGUAUGGCCGGACUUUACGCACCCCAAUGCCACCAUGUACUGGACUCAAAUGAUGUCAAACUUCCAUAAGAAAAUACCAUACGAUGGCGCUUGGAUCGAUAUGAAUGAACCAUCAAACUUUGUGUCCGGUUCGCUGUAUGGUGAAUGUGCACCUGAAGAUCUUCCUUACACACCUCAUUAUCUCACAAAUGGUUUAAAGCACAAGACUCUAUGUAUGGACGCUCAUCAUUACGCCGGUGAUCAUUACCACUGGCACAAUCUCUACGGACUCACUGAAGCUAUCUCCACUCACUUUGCGUUAGUCGAGAUCCGGGGCAGCCGUCCGUUUAUAAUAUCGCGGGCGUCUUUCCCCGGACUGGGAAGGUACGCGGGACACUGGAGUGGAGAUGUUGACAGCAGCUGGCAUGAUCUUAGGAUGAGCAUACCAGAAUUGCUAAGUUUCAGUCUAUUUGGUAUACCUAUGAUGGGUGCGGAUAUUUGUGGCUUCCGAGGCAACACCACAGUUGAGUUGUGUAAGAGAUGGAUGCAGCUCGGUGCUUUCUAUCCAUUCUCUAGGAAUCAUAACUCUGAUUCAUCUAUUCCACAAGAUCCUGUGAGUUUGGGUGCGGAGGUUGUAUCCUCGUCUCGUACAGCGCUGCGCAUGCGCUACUCUCUGCUGCCAUAUUACUAUACGUUAUUCUGGCGAGCACAUCUACAUGGAGAGUUAGUUGCUAGACCUCUGUACUUUGAUGAUCCAAGUGAUAAAAUCACACACGAUAUAGAUUCUCAGUUCCUGAUUGGACCAUAUCUAUUGAUAUCUCCUAUACUAUGGGCUGGUACGAACAAUACCAGAGCAUACUUCCCCGCUGGCUACUGGUACAGCCUUGAUGGUACACUACUGACAUCCGGCUGGAGGAAUGUCACAGAACAACAUAUGCUCGCUGUCAAGGGUGGUGGCAUCCUGCCUCUACAAGAGCCGCCAGAGGGCGUGGUGUCAACGCGCGAGUGUCGCGCGCGCCCUCUACAUGUGUUGGCCGCACCUGACUCUGCAGCACAGGCCCGAGCUAUACUGUACUGGGACGAUGGACUUGGACUACAGACAUAUGAUGAAAGUAAAUACAGUUUAGUACAUUUUAUAUUGGACAAACAAGAGUUCCGAAGUGAACUACAAUGGUGGGCAUACGGUAUGCCCACUGUUAACAAAAUAACCAUCUUUGGACAAAAGGUGCCAAUCAAAAAUGUCACAAUCAACCAAAAACCCUGCAAGAAACCAAUCUGUGAGUUCUCCUAUUCAAGUAAAUCUCAACUAUUUGGUUGUGAGACAUGUGGAUCCAAAGAUUGUUCCCGCCAUAAUCCAGACGUAGCUCCAGAGCCAUGGAGUGGGCUACUUAUACAUAAACAAUUGGACCAAGCCAUUGAAGAUUUCUACAAUGCUAUAUUAGAUCAAUUUAUAAACACAUGGUACAGUAAGAUAACUCUACAGCCAUUUUUUAUUGAUGAGUUGAGGCUACAACUGAGAUAUGCAUCUGCUAAUUUGUUGAAAAGAGCACUGAAGAUAGACUAUGCCCGUCUUAUCACGGAACGGUUAGUGCCAUGUGCACUACGUCAUCAUGCGGUGAUAUCUAGUGAUGCAAAACCAGCUCUCCACGUAGCGGCCUGCAACCGCGCCGCUGAGAUGAAGUACUUAAGAUCGUUGACCGAAGUCUUGCUUCCACUGGUACUGCAACCAAAUGAGACGAAUAACUCUGUAUUCCGAGUACUGGUCCGUGAGUUGUUCGCAGGCUGGGUGUUAUUGUCACUAACAGAUGUUUUAGCUGACCCGUACAUAUUGAACACUCUUAUCAUAUUAGCAACUAGCGAUGAAACUAUGUCAGAACUACCAACUACACCUAAUUAUAAAGUGGAAUUCCUGGAGACAUUCACCCGGCAGACUGAGUGCGUGUACACUGCUCGCUGCAGACUGCUGCAGCUGGAUGUGGAGACGGUGCUGUCUCAGCAGGAGCAGCUGUACGCUCUCAUGCAGCAUCUGAAGGCCACCGGACACCUGCAGCUGCUGCAGUUCUACAAGGAUAUCAAACUGUUCCAAAGCACACUCCUGAACCCCGAGCUGAGCAGUGCUGAGCGCGCUGCGCUGGCGGGCUGCGGGCGUGCGCUGGCGGCGCAGUGUCUGCGUGUGAGACUGCCGCAACACUUGCUGCGAGAUCUCACACACGACCUGCACUCUGAUGACGUGCACAAGCUACAGACGAGUCGUGCACUGUACCAGGCAGCGCGGCUAUCUCACUCUGUAUUAGAAAAGAACUUACUACCCCGCUACCUGCACAGUGAAGAAUUUUACAAGUUGUUGAUCGGUUCCCGAAUACCUACGGGUUAUCAGAAACAAAUGGCUAAAAGACAACAGGAUAAGUUAUUCAACACCGCUAUGAAGUUAGGUAGUCGUUUGAAGGGCGCGCUAAAGUCACAGGCUAUAGACGGACAAGUACUGGACUCCGAGCUGGAGGACGAGGGUAUGGAGAACAUGGACAUCCUCAAGUAUCUGGACUCCAUCGCGGCUGAGGAUAGCAUGGAACAGGAUCUGGCCAACUUUAAAGUGGUACUCACCAAUGUGGAGACGCAACUUCAAGCUCCGCCACGGCGCGGCACAGUGCGCGUGUUCACACUGGCGGUGCACCGGGCGGGGGGUGCGGUGGGUGCGGGGGGUGCAGGGGGUGCGGGGGGCGCGGCGCUGUGGGGGGCGCGCCGCACAGAGCACGACUUCCACCUGCUGCGCGCCAAACUGCACGAGUUUCACGGCGACGCGCUCCAAGAUCUCGCGCUGCCGUCGCGACGAGACAACAGUCCAUUAGAGACACUACGAUACAAAUACGAAGACUUUCUACAAAGGUUACUACAGAAGCCAUUACUUCAGACCAGUGAGUUACUGUACCUGUUCCUGACAGUGGACGGUGACUUCUCCCUGGUGGUGCAGGCUUCCACCCUGAACGCUAAUAGUCCAGAUCUUGGCAACAUCUACCAGUCGGUGGCGCAUAAACUAAGAAAGGAAAAAGGACAGCAUCUGGAAAGUUUUCUAAGAAACUUUUUGGUGUCAUCGGACAAGGAACGGUAUCAAGCUCUUAAGCAGGGGGUCCGUGAUGUGGAAGAAGCACUGGAAGCGGACGAGGGGUCCUCGCUGCGGGCGUGGGCGGGCUCGGCGGGGGGUUCAGCGGCGGGUGCGCGGGGGGCGCGCGGGCAGGUGUUCGGGGACAACUUCGCGGAGCCACCCCCCGUGCCCGCCCCCCGUCACAGUACAUAUCAGACGGCGGUCGUAGGGUUCACGCAAUGUUUUAUGUAUUUAUUGCUAAAGGUUGUGAAAGCGCCGGUCUUUCUGUGCGGUAUUGUGGGCACUUUGUUAGCGAUGACAAGAACGAUACUGGACGAAGCUUUUAAUUCAUAUCUCAAUAGCACGCUGUCUACUCUACUUUGUGAGAGAAGGUUGGCGCAUUUAAUACGUUUGGGACAUGGUUUGCUAUUCGGCAAGAAGAAUCUCGGUCCCCGUAUAGAUGUAGUUGAGCAGCGCGAGACGGCGCGUGCGCAGCUUCUGCGGCGUGUUCCUGCAACAUUUGCAGCACUGAACGUCGCACUUAACAACGCAUUCGAUAUUAUACAGAGUCCGCAACUUAAUAAACAGUUAGUGUACAGCUUAUUGGAUCUCUGCGUAUUGGAAUUAUUCCCCGAGCUGCAAGACAAGGGAGUGACGGCAACGAACAAUUAAAGACUUCUCUUUUCGAGCAUUUGAUAUUUUAUUAAAAGCUUUUUGUAUAUGGCGUAUUAACUGAAUAACUUAAAUGAAUUUCUAUUUUUUGUAAUUAAUCUCUUAAAAACAUUGUACGUAAAUAUAAU